UUACACGUAGUUUUUAAACGUUGAUGGCUGAUUCCUCGUUGAGUGCUUUCUUCAUUGCGGCUCGUAAUAACAUUUCCUUGGUGUUUUAGCAAAUAUUCAAGGGAAUUUCACACUGACUUUGCGAAGAAAUCAUUCAUAAGUUCCCCGGAAAGGUGAUAGCGGAAAUCCUUCAAAGAUCGCUUUGUUGUGAUGGCCAGCACGAAAAACGUGUACAAGCUGUUUGUGGGAAACAUUCCUUGGACUGUCGGCACUCGGGAGCUGCGCUUGUACUUUUCCGAGUUUGGCCGGGUGCUUCAGGCUAACGUGGUCUUCGAUAAGAAUACCGGUCUCUCGCAAGGAUACGGCUUCGUGAGCCUGAACAAAGAGGGCCUGGAGAAUGUAGAGAGCAAGCAGCAGCACAUUCUCGAGGGAUACACUCUUCAUCUGGACAAGAACAACUAGUAGACAGAAGC